AUCCUAUUUUUGAAAAACCUUGAAUGUUUAGUUUUGUCAGCUAUAAUUGGAUGUAGCUGUCAUAUUAUUCAUCAUGUGGUUUGCAUUCUGUUUCUGUAUUUUGUGUACGACUGUCUCACAUUUGAUGCCUUAUUACAUCUGGUUAAGUGGAAACUUGGUUAUUGAAGUAUAUUGUUGUAUUGAAAUGCUUUAAAGACUAUGUAGUUUCUUUAUUCCAUUACUGACAGAUGUUUUUUUUUUUCAUUUUAUAUUUAAGUCUGUUUAUGUAAACAAAGCUUCUGGUGUAAACCAUAUAUAUCUCAUAAACUGUGUUCUCACCCCAAGGCAACAAAAAUGAAGAACGCUGUGAAGUGGAAUUCAAAACUUGGUUUUUGGAUGAGCGCUUACAUGCGCUAGAUGAGUCCUGCUGAUCUCCAGUCAGUGUCAAAGCCAGAACUGAGUUCUUUCUCCAGCUCCAACUGUUCCCAGAUCUGUUUGAAGGGACUCUGAUGUGAACACGUCUGUAGGAGAGAGGGGCGGAGCUGAGAUGUCAAUCAGAAGUGCAGAGGGCAUGUCCAUCAUGCAAGCCUUAGCCAUGACGGUGGCUGAGAUACCCGUGUUCCUGUAUUCCACCUUCGGACAGUCUAUAUUCUCUCAGUUAAAGUUGAGUCCAAGUCUGAAGAAGGUUCUGUUCGCCACGGCGCUGGGCAGUGUCGCUUUGGCUCUGACCGCACAUCAGUUAAAGAGGCGGGGCAGGAAGAGGAAACAGGUGGCCGGUAAAGAUGAGCAGAAACCUGUGGUCAUUCCUGAACAGCUUCUCCGAACCCACAGACCUUCCUCACUCAAGAGAGGUCCGGUUUCAGCGAGGCAGAUGAUGAGUCCCAGUACUCGCAGUAAUGACACGCUCAGUGGCGUCUCAUCUAUCGCUCCCAGUAAACGCUCCAGCUCUUCACAUAGUAUCGCCUCGAUGCGAGGCCCUUCCUCUCCCAACCAAUCAGUAAAUGCAGUGGGAAUGCCGUGGGAGGCGGAGCCAGUAGCAGAGGAAAUGGGAAUUGGCGAAGAUGCUAACGCUGAAAACCUCUAUCUCAUGGGUAUGGAGUUGUUUGAGGAAGCUCUGCGUAAGUGGGAAAGGGCGCUAAACAUCAGACACACAACUCAUUCGGGCACUUCAUCUGCUAGCAGUCUCGUCCCAGAGGGAUCCGAACUCGUAGAGCACCAUUCGCCUGAACUUCGCAAUCAUCAGUUUGCGGUGAAGCUCGAGUCUUUACUCCACCGAGCGUAUCACUUGCAGGAGGAUUUCGGCAGCACCAUCCCGCCUGACAGUCUGCUCGCUGACCUGGAGAGUGAAGGAACCCUGAUCCUGCCCACACUUGGAAGUUCUCACCCGAUUCAAGAUGAUGAUGAUGCUACGACGGUCACGUCAGAUGACUCGUUUUUCUCUGCAGCUGAGUUAUUUGAAGCACUUUCUCUGGAGGACACGGUACACCUCUUAAAACCUGCAGCUCUGUAUGAAGAAGCUAUGAGUUUAGUUAAAGAUGGAGGCGUGGCCUGCAGAACAGUGAGGUCAGAACUUCUGGAGUGUUUUAGCGAUCAAGACUUUCUUGCCAAGCUGCACUGUGUACGACAGGCCUUCCAGGUGUUGCUGAUAGAUGAAACACACAGAAUAUUCUUCAUGGAGACAGGGAAGCAGAUGAUUUCAGGACUCAUGGUCAAAGCCAAUAAGAGUCCUAAGGCCUUUCUGGAGAGUUAUGAGGACAUGUUGCAGUACACGCAGAGAGAAGAGACGUGGCCGGUCACCAAAAUGGAGCUGGAAGGGAGAGGGGUGGUCUGUAUGAACUUUUUUGACAUUGUGCUGGACUUUAUCCUGAUGGAUGCGUUUGAAGAUCUAGAAAGUCCUCCAUCGUCUGUGGUCGCCGUAUUGAGGAACCGAUGGCUCUCGGACAGUUUUAAAGAGACGGCUCUGGCUACAGCCUGCUGGUCUGUGUUGAAAGCUAAGAGGAGGCUGCUAAUGGUUCCAGACGGUUUUAUUGCUCAUUUCUAUGCGAUCUCUGAACACGUCAGUCCAGUUUUGGCGUUUGGGUUUUUGGGCCCCAGACAACACCUGAGUGAGGUCUGCACUAUAUUCAAGCAACAGAUUGUUCAGUAUCUGAAGGACAUGUUUGAUCACGACAAGGUGCGUUUCACAUCGGUUUCAUCUCUGGCAGAAGAUAUCCUCAGUUUGUCUCACAGACGGGCGGACAUCCUGGUCGGUUACCUGGGCAUUGAAAAUCUACCCGAGAGCAAUGGAGCUCUGCUCAAGAGCCCUUGCCAGGACAACAGCGGGCAUCCAGACCUCAGCGAACAACAGUUGUAGAUUCUGGAUCUCACUGAUCGAUAAGUCACCAAGUGUGCAGAACUUCAUUAACUUAAAGACAUCAAUUCUACAUCACAUUUAGAGAUAUAAACCACGACUGACUCAUCAGAGGCCUUCCUCGUAUUCACUUCUGUGAAUAAAUGCCAACGUAUUUACAGCGCUGCUAUUUAGAAACCUGAUGGAGACUCAUUCAGAAUGACGGCCAUUGUGUUGGGUCCUAUUUGGAUCCUUUCCUGAAUCCACUACAUCUCGACUUGAUGUUUGAAGGAGCGAUGUUUUAGCCGAGCUUGCUAACAGCUUCAUCCCAAAUCUCACACACAACACAUCAACGGAUGCCAAGAUUUUGUGUAGAUUCAGGUUAUUGUGUGUCUUUGUGUUUAUAAUAAUGGCCGAAUAAAGUCUUGCACUGAAACAUGCGAAGCACUGAAUGCAAUGAGAAAAGCCAGGAGAGAUGGAUUAUUUGUGUAUGUGCUUUACUUACAAAACCAGUCAAGAACAUGUCUGGGUUAUAUUUUAAUUCCCCCAAAAUCACUUGAAGUAUAUUUUUAGAAAGAAAAUAAAGCCUGAUAAUAUGGGGGUAGAUUUGGACGUGAGUGUGUAGAGGAUGUAAAGGUUGUUUAAGAAGCUGUAGAUGCGACACAGACAGGAAGUGCAUCAUUCAGAAGGAAACAGGAUGUAGUGGUCCAAGUCACACGGGUUGGUGAUGGCAACAAAUGUCCGCGGUUUGUGCAGUUUGUAUGGGACGACACUUAAUAGUGUUCUCGCCCUCACAGUGUUUAAUCUGAGAUAGAGAAACACAUCAUGUCUGUUAGUGUGUGUGUAUAAUGUUUUGUCUCUGUUAUUAAGGCGUGCCAAUGGAGGUAAAGUUGACAAGAAACACAGAUAGUUAGAUCUUGCAUCGUGGCCAACAAAUCUUGAGUUAUGUAAAAGUAAUAUAUAAAAUAAAAACUUGUUUCUAAAGACUCUGAUUAAAAGAUUUAAGGAAAUGUUUUGAUAUUACAACAAACGAUAAUUGAAACCCACAAAAACACAUUGACAUUUAUGUACAAUCAACAUGUUUUUGUUCAUUUUCACAAACUGUAGGAUCAUUAUUGAAUUUAAUAUUUGUUAAAAAAACAAUCACCAAUACCUUUAUAUUUUAUAGUAUGAAGGUCAUAAUUUUUUGUCAUUAUCAUAAACAGUAUCAUAUCUGCAAUGACAGCAUUACGUGUAGCUUGUGCUAAAAUAUUUUAUGAAAUAAGGUUAUGAAUUUGUAUAAUUUUAAACCGUAUGAGCGAGCAUGAAAUGUACACAGCUGUCCUCAAUGUUAUUCAUCUUUGACAAAACUUGACCAUGUUCCUGAUUUGUAUGUAAAUGGGAUAUGAAAAGAUAAUUUUGAUUUGUCAUAGUGUUUCUUUCCCAAUUUGUACUGACUAUUUUAAGUCACCCGUGGCCUGUCUUGCACUUUAUUUGCUAGUAUAUUAAAUCCAGUUUUUAUUGAAAUAUAGUUAGCCUGUAGUGAAUUUGUCCAUUUUUUUGCUAUAUGGACAGUUGUAUAAUUUAUAUAAAUAACAUCAAAGUCCAAUCAUCAAUGGUUUGGUUUUACUGGUUUAAAAAGUAAAUAUACACUGUAAAACCUAAAAGUUAACUCAACUCAAACCAUUUAAGUAAACCGGUUGCAUUACUUUUAAAACACAUACAUUUGAGUACUGUGAACUUAAACAAAUUGAGUCAUAUGCAGUUAUGCACUUAUAUUUAAGUUCACACUACUUGAAUAUAAGUGCAUAACUGCACAUGACUUCAUUUCACAAUAUUUAAAUUUAUGUGUUUUAAAACUUAAAUGGUCUAAUGCAACCGGUUUACUUAAAUGGUUUGAGUUAAGUUAACUGUUAGGUUUUACAGUGUAAUAUUAGUAAUAUAAUAUAAUAAAAAAAUGGAUACAGUCCGGGUCAUGAAAGAUUGACUAUGUUCCUUUGUUGUUACUGAUAUUUAAUUUUCUUGUGUUUAAUUCACUGUUAAAUCUUUUCAAAGCAUUUAUUGUUAAUUGCCAAUCACGUCAUUAUUCUCCUCAUUAUUAUUAAUUUUUGGUUUGUGUCAAAAUGUAUCAUUCGAGCUGGUUAUGCAAUAAUAUGGGUUAUAUGUCUAUGAAAAUUGAAGCCUGACUUUAUUUUCAGUGUUAUAAUGUGAAUUGAAAUUGUAUUUGUGUACGUGCUUAUGUGUUUUAUGACACAAAUAUAUGAAUGACUUGCCUACUUACCUCUGUGACAAAACCAGACCAGACUGAAGAUGUUGGGUAGAUGUAAAUUGAAUCCACAUCAUUCCAAGUUAAACUAAAUAUAGCUGAAUCUCAGUUUAUUCUGAAAUAAUACUGAUCCAUAGUUGUUAGUUCAGAAAUUAUCACUAUUUGUAUAUGGAUAUUUGAUUACUUAACAUCCACCACUGAGCUAAACAAUUUUUGGACUGCAACAACAAUCUUAUCUCUUAUAUUACAUCAAAAUUGAAAAUAAACUACUAAAUGAAAGAGAAACAAUGGUGGAUGUAUAGAGUUGUGUAGGAAUGUUUUCACCUAUCAAUCAGUAACAUGUUUUUUUAUUUUUGGGCAGAUUUUGUAUUUUGCAUGCAGAUCAUUUAUCCGUAAGAUUUCCCUAAUGGUGACAUUCUUGAUUUUGAUGUUUAAAAUCUGAUCUAUAAUGAUGGUCGAAGCAAAUGAACCAGGUGGGAUGAACAAGCAAGUCAAUUAUUUUAAAUUCUUUGUGUAUUUGUGUUCUUCAAAUGCCUUUCAAUGUAUAUGUGUGUUGUUUUGUUUAACUAUUGAAGACUAUUGUCAUUUUGCCUUUCAGAGCCAACAUAAAUGACCUUUCUUUUGC